UUAAUCAAAAGAAAGCAAUGAAAUGUCACCUAAAAACGAAGAAGCAUGGGAGAGAGAGAAAUAGAAAUUGCAUUACUGCAGAAAAGAGAUAUGUGUCCAUAUUCUUAGGAAGGGAAAAUUGGACGUGUGCCCGGUUUUGUUAAGAGGGUACACUGUGCCUCGCUGUCUCGCAUGUGAAGAAGUUGUGGCUUUCUCUUCUCUCUCUUACAUGCAUCCACUAUAAUCUUCAAACCCCAGCUCCCAUUUUUCUCCAUUCUUAAUUUCCUAUCUAUCUUCCUCUUUUUACUCUGAACAAUUUUUUUUUUUUAUUUACUCUUUUCUUAUUACCAAAAUGAACGUUUUGGCUUCAGAAUGCACUAGUGGGUGUGAGUCAGGGUGGACUCUUUACUUGGAGCAGUCUAAUCUUGCUUCGCAUAGAAAUGCUAAUAAGUUUGCCAAUGGUAAGGCCGGCUUUUGUGAGCAAAAUUUUCAACAUUGUGAUGAUGAAGAGGAGGAUUUAUCUAUGGUUUCUGAUGCGUCUUCUGGACCUCCAACUUUCCAUGAAGAUGAAGUGUGUUUCAAUGAUGUUGAUAGAUACCAGCUGCAAUACCCUCCUUUCAAAGCUGCUACUCCACAAGCAGCCAAUGGUAGUGGGAAAAUAAGGCUGAAAAAGAAGGAAAAAAGAAGCCGCCGUGACAAAGAACAACUCCUGCCUUCUUUUCUUGACGACACUGCUAGUUCUCCUGUCAUAAGCUUCUCCUCCAAGAAUAAUUUUUCUGCUCUCAACAACAACCAGACCUCAAUGGAGAGUGUGUUAGAUUAUUCUCAAGGAUACUCUGCAACUCACUUUCAGGGGAGAUCUGCAUUUCAAGAUCCUUUUGGUUUCUUGCAAUCUUCUAACUCUGGAAACCAUGUUCAAAAUAACCAGUGGUUAUAAGGGGUAAUUAAGAGGAAUGAUGAAGAGAUGAGAUAAGGUGACUUCCAUCAGUUUUCCUGCAGAAAUGUUGCUGUAGAAGUUGCACUAAAAAUGAAAAAGCAAAUGGAUCUCAUCAUAUUAAGAGGAUCUUGUUGCUUUCUCUUUUCCUAUUUUCAAGUUUUCCUAAUUUUACCUGUCAAUCCAGUGGGAAACAACCAACCUGAGAGCAAAAGUUGGAAAUAAAUUUCUUGUUUUCAAAAUUCAA